AUGACAAUGACAACGACAACAACAACAACAACAAUGACAAAAAUAACAACAACAACGACACCAACACUGACAACGACAAGAACAACAACAACAAAAACGAUAAUGACAAUAAUGACAAAAAAAACAACGACAACGACAAUGAUAACGACAACGGUAAAAAAUAACAAAAACAACAAGAACGACGACGACGAUGAUGAAGAAAACGACGAAGAUGAUGAUGGCGGCGACGACGAUGACGUAAGUGGUGGUGGUGACGAAGACAACGAGAACGACGAUGACAGUGACUACGGCGACAACAACAACAACAAUAAAGACGACAACAAUGACGAGAAAAAAACAACAACAAAGACAACUACAAUAACAACGGAAAUGACAACGACAAGAACAACAACAACAACAACAAGAACACGAUCAAGAAUGAUAACAACAAGAAUAACAAUAAAUGACAACGACAACUAA